AUGGUGAUGCCGCUCGAUCGUUGUCUUCUUCCCGGUCCUCUGCGUUCCGCGCGUCCUCCUCCGCGCCUGGCUGUCGGCUUUCUCCUCCUCCUUUGCUUCCUGGCUCUCCUUCCUCCGCCCCUCUCUGCACUGUUCCUCUCGGCACUCUCCUCCGGUGAUCCUGCCGCUGUCGCGGCGUCGUCAGUGCCAGGUGGAGCUGGCGGAACUGGUGAAGCCAGCGCAGCUCACCCGGCCGCUCCGCCGUCUCCUCAGGAACCCGGAGGUGCCGUCGACAGCCAGCGCGUGGAUGAGAUUUCCCAGAAUUCACCCACGUCGGAGAGUCGCCCUGUCGGCGACGACUUUAACUUGGAGGAUGACCACGUGGCGGACCCGGAGGCGCCGAUUGGCGGCGCCGACACGCCGCCAGUGCCCCUCGAGAAGCGACUGCAUGUAGCGCGUUUGCUGCUCGAGGGGAGUGAGGCGUACGCGGAGUCGUUUUCGACGAGCGAUGACGAGACUACCUACAACCCGUCGAACUCGAGGGAACUCCCCGUUUUUCCGCAGACGAAAAGCACCACCGCUGCGUUCUCGCUCCCUGUCGACCGCACAAAAGUCAAAGCGAUGGGAUCGACGGUGGCGGGCGGCAGCACGUCCGAGGAGUUCGAGGAACACAGAGUUGACCUUACCGUAGAUCAUCGCGCCGAAACUCCCCUUUCAGUCUUGACUCGGGCCCCUCCGGCGUUUGGGGCCGGAAAGCCGGCGAAAAACCGGAGGGACAGAGACGCUGCGCAGGCAUCGGACCCUGAAGGCGCCAAGGCCCCCGCCCCUCACGACAAAAAGACAGAGCCGAGGGCGGGCUCCGCGGAUGCUGCGGCGCGAAAAGACGAAGAGAAAGCAGACGGGGUGAAAAAGGCAGGCGGAGGAGCAGGAAGGAAACUGUCCGGAUCCGACUCGACUACAGCCGAUGCCGAAACCUUGUCCGACCGCGAAGCCGGCCGAGCCAGCUCGAAGCUCGCGCCUCAGGCACGCUUUCGCAGACCUUCGGAGGCUUUGAAAAGUCUCAUCACGAGACAAGGCACGCACGAAUGGCCUGGCGAGAAGGAAGAGUUCGAACAGAGCUAUCCCUUCAACACGCCCAUAGAGAUCCGAUCAACUCGGAAGGGAGGGACGCUCACCAUCCGCCUGGAGGGCAUUCUCGGCUCCGGCGGCCAAGGCGUCGUCAUCGAGGCGCGCGACGUGAACACAGGCCAAGGCAUGGCUUUGAAGGUCUUCCGCAUCCGACCAGACCAGCGCCGAGACGAACGCAAAGACGAGAUGAUCCUGCGUCGUCGCGUACAGUCAGAACUCGCCAUCUGGGCAUACGUGCCGCCCAGAAUGGAGCCGAGGCAGUGGAGUGACGCAGCUCACUUGGUCAUCCCCUUCGACGUCGUGGAACCCGUUGUGCCCGCCAGGACACCGGCGCUGAAUCGUACCAGAUAUGCGACUCACUGGAUUAUGAUGGAUCUCUUUACAGGAGAUAUGUCACAGAUGACGAAAAUUCUGACAGGCCCGCCAAGUGUCAAACUCGAGGUGACGGAGCAAAUGUUCUUGGCGAACAUGCGGCUCCACGACAUGGGUCUGGUGCACUCUGACAUCAAGAUGCCCAACUACUUCAUCAGCGCGGACGGACGCAUUUUCCUCGGCGAUCAUUCCCUCGCCAGCCCAACUGGCGACAACGUGCCGUGCAUGUCGGGUACGCUUCGCUACCUGCCCCCCGAGAACAUGAAGUGCAUCAGCGAUGGACGGCGCAGAAUCAUGACCACGGAGAGGAAGGACGUGUGGGCUUUGGGCGUGGCCCUCUACAUGCUCUGGUGCAACCAGCAGUACCCGUACGAGAUGGGAGAGCUCUGGUCAAAAGAUCUCUUCGUCCGAACUGCCCGCGCCCACGCCGAUGAGUUGGACUUGACGCUCUGCGACGGUCACGCGACAAUCCCUAUUUUGGGCUUGCUUCGCGUAAUGCUGACCCCGAACGCCGGGCGCCGCCCAACUCUUCGAGAAAUUCACAAGUUCCACCCGAUCUUUGCGCACCCCAGAAGCCCGCCCCUUCAGAGGAGAAGCCUGUUUUCUCUGUUGAGAGAAGUCCAAGAUAGGAAUGGCUCCGACCUCUCGCCUCGCAGCGCAGCGCCUCCAGUGCAGCCGGCCUACACUGGAUUGAAGGACGGGCAAUGA